AUUGAUCUAAUAAGAAAAAUAGAUGAAUUAACAAUUUCUUUAAAUCCACCAGAUACUGAUAGCAAAUUUUGUGUCAAGAAAGAUACAUUAGAGAUUUGCACAGCACUAAAAAAAUUUUAUCGUGAAAAUUAUGGAAAAGUAAAUGAAAUUCAACCACCAUUAAAAGCACCUGCAAGUGUUGAUUUAAUGGAUAACUUUGUUGAUCUAUGUAUUGUUGAUGCAGUUAAUACUCAAAUGGAUGUUGUUUUUAAUCUUGAACGAUAAAAAUUUCUUGAAAAACAAAUGAAUUAUACACCUAUUCCAUAUAGUGAUAUAUUUAUGAAAGAAAAAUCUGUAAUAUUAAUAUCUGGAAUAGCUGGUAUUGGAAAAACAUGUUUGCUUCAUAAAUGUUUGCUUGAUUGGUCAAAUGAUCUAAUUUGGAAAAAUGUUGAACUUGUAUUUUAUUUGGAAUGCAGAAGGCUUAAUCAAUAUCAAAAUAUUUCUAAUAUUAAUGAAUUACUAAAUGUUUUCUACAAAGAUAUUAUAAAUGAUUUUGAUAUUAGUAAUCAUCCUGCACUGUUUAUAAUUGAUGGGUUAGAUGAGUUUAAAUAUUUAAAUGAGUUAAUAAAUUGCAGUUCAAGUUGUAACUAUCCAAUCGUUAAUGUUUUAACAGAAGUUCAAAAAUACAAAUAUGUAGUUGCUGGUAGAGUUUAUGCAAUCGAUCAAUACCAAAGUAUAUCUACUGAGCAUAGUAAUAAGUUAACCAUUCAAAUAAUGGGUUUUAACCAAAAAGGAAUAGAUAGUUAUAUAGAAAGUAAAGUUAGAGAAGAAAAAAAAAAUCUUGUAAAAGAAACUUUAAACGGCUCUUUAAUAGCAAAAGCCAUGGCAUCUGUUCCAUUUUAUUUAUGUUCCAUGUGUAAAAUUAUUAGUAAUUCAAAAGAAAUAAAUAAAAGUUGUUUCUUUACAAUGACAAAUUUAUAUGCAAGUAUCUUUUUAUACUUUUUUCAAAAUCACAUCAUAAAAAGAAAUAUAUUGAUCAGUGACAUUGUUGAAGAAGAUUCCUAUAAAAAAUAUAUUUUAAAUAUUUGUAAAAUUGCAUAUAAAUUGUUUGUUGAAAAUAAAGUAAUUUUGUCAGAAGAAGAAGUUCAAACUUUUAUCAUUGAUUUUGAUAAAAAUGAAAGUAAUCUUUUUGGAUUUAUAGAAAAGAUUGAAACAAAUCAGGGAUGUUAUUAUCAAUUUGCACACUUAACAAUAAUGGAAUUUUGUGCAUCUGUAUAUGCAUAUAACUGUUUAAGUAGUGAAGAGAUUUUAACCAAUAAAAAGCUGGAGAGUUGUUUAUCAAUGAUUUGUGGAUUAACUAAUGAAAGCCAAAAUAGUUUAUUAAAGUUUCUUGUUAACUUAAAUCUCUCAAAAAAUGGUUCUGAAGAACUUUUGUAUUCUAUUUUAGAUCGUCUACUUAAAUUAUCUCUUCAAAGUCAAACUUAUUACGUUAACUUAUACAUUGAAUGUUUUUAUGAAAGUCAAUCAUCGUUUACUGAUAAAACAAAUUUAAUUGUUGAUGAACGAGAGUGGGAGAUUUCGAUUGAUGAUGGAAAAACUUCUUACGAAACUUCUUGUGAAAAUUAUUUUGUAAAUCAUUAUAUUAAAUCUGGAAGAAAGUUAUCGUGGUUAAAUGUUCAUAAAAAUAUUUUAAGUAAUGAAGAAAAAAAUCUUAUAAUUCAAUGUUCAACGAGUGUUCGUGUUGUCGUCUUUUAUUGUCCAUUUAAAUUCGAAGGAUGGAAACUGAAAGAUAAGAUUGAAUGGUUAGUGAUAUUUAUCUCAGGUUAUUUUUUAACGAAAAAAGAUUUUGAAGAAAAUUUUCUUCCGUGGAUUAUUCUUUGUGAAGGAUUAUGUCUUUACCUUCAUGACGACAUCGAUUUUAUUGAAGAGAUUUUUGAAUGGAUUCGUAUUUCGAAUGUCACGAAGUUGUUGAUCAACUACCGUGGAAAAGAUUUUCGAAACCUCAAUGAAUUUAAAAACUUUAAAACACAGAAAAAAGUUUAAUAUCUUAAAUAAAAUAUAAAUAAUACUUAUAAAAUAAUAAAUGAAAUAUUUAAUAUAUUAUUUUAAAAUUAAAUAUGUUGUAAAAUAUA